AGAUUUCGGCCGUCUGUUUCACUUUCUCAUUGCUGCUGAACUCAUAGAACAACAACAUAGCUAAAUAAUAAUAUAAAAAAGCAUAUGGUUCUUGUGGCUUUCACUUUCUCUGCCUUCACUCACUGCCACCAACACCACUAGUUUUUUCACUCCUAGAAAGAAGGAGGGUUUCACAAAAAGAGUACAGAGAGUUUUACUUCUUUAGCUGAGUGGUUCUGAUCCAAGAAUAGCCAACUGGGUCAUCAGAUUUGAUGGUUGUCGGCGUUUCUACAAAAGAUUUGUAGUGAAUUUGUUCUGAUUGGACUCCAUGUUUUCCUCUGUUUCUGAGACUACUUUAAUAGCAGAGUUCUUAUUCUAAACGGAUAGUUUAUGCUUUUGGUUUGGUAUUUUGUGUUAGAUCCACACGUGGCAGCUUAUCUCGUUGGGGUUAAGUCCUUUGUUUCUUUAUAAAGCUUCCCAGAAAUUCUUUCUAGGAGAAAAGGAAACAGAGCUUUGCACUCUGCUUUAGUAAAGCUCUGCUUUCUUUUGUGGUUACUCAAAAGGGAAUCAAGGAAAUCGUGAAAAAAGUAAGUAAAUUUUUACAAAAUUGAAGCUUUUUGGAAGAGAUUUGAAGAGGAAAAGAGAAGCAAUGGAGUCAGAUCUUCAACAACAUCACCACCAAAACCAGAUGAACUCUGGCUUGACUAGGUACAGGUCUGCACCAAGUUCAUAUUUUGCAAACAUUAUUGACAGAGAAUUCUGUGAGGAAUUUUUGAACAGGCCUUCAAGCCCUGAAACAGAGCGAAUAUUUGCUCGAUUUAUCGCUGAUGGUGGUGGUGGUGGUGGUGGUAAUGGAGGCACAGAAGUUACUAAUACAUCAGAAGUGGUGGCCACAGAAGCUAGUAGCCAGCAAACACAGUUUAUGGCUUCAAUGAAUAAUGAAGCAGCAGGGGUUCUUCAGCAGCAGCAGCAGCAAAGCAAUUAUGGUUCUGUUUCUCAGAAUUUUUACCAAGGUCUACCACGGCCACCUUUGGAGAAUUCGAGUGUGGAAGGGUCUUAUUCAAUGGGGUUGGAUCGAUUGCCUCAGAUGAAGACCGGUGGUGGUGGUGGUGGUAAUAAUUCAAGUCUUAUUCGACACAGCAGCUCGCCAGCCGGAUUAUUCGCCAACAUCAAUGUUGGAGAGGGCUAUGCUGCAAUGAGAGGCGUGGGAAAUUUCGGAGCUGGUAAUAGCACUAAUGAAGAAGCAUCUUUUUCUUCUGCAAGCAGGUUAAAGAAUUACUCAUCAGGUCCGCCUUCUUCAUCGGGACUAAUGAGUCCAAUUGAUGAAAUUGAGGACAAAAACAUGGUAGUAGCAAACAAUCCAGAGAGUGGAGGUUUUGGUGAGGGCCGAAGUACCAAUUAUGUGACAGGUUUUCCCCUUGGUUCUUGGGAUGACUCUGCUAUGAUCUCGGAUAAUAUCAAUGGUCUAAAAAGACUUAGAGAUGAUGAUGAUGUAAAGUCAUUUUCCAAUAUAAACGUGUCUGAAACUCAGAAUGUGGAGGCUGGAAAUCGCCCUCCCUCUUUGGCUCAUCACUUGAGCUUGCCUAAAACUUCUUCAGAGAUGGCUGCCAUUGAAAAGUUUUUGCAGUUCCAAGACUCAGUACCUUGUAAGAUUCGAGCUAAGCGUGGCUGUGCCACUCACCCACGAAGCAUUGCUGAGAGGGUUAGAAGAACCCGAAUUAGCGAAAGGAUGAGAAAAUUACAAGAUCUUGUUCCUAACAUGGACAAGCAAACAAACACUGCAGACAUGUUAGAUUUAGCUGUUGAGUAUAUUAAAGGUCUUCAGCAAGAAGUCGAGACACUUGCUGAUAAGCGUGCAAAGUGUACUUGCUCACACAAGCAGCAGCAAUAACACAAAAAAGGCCCGGGUGUCUGACUAGCUAGCUUUUGUACAGAAUUAUGAGAAUGUGGAAAAGAAUAUAGAAAGCAGAGCUGGGUUCUUUUUUGCACUGAAAAGGAAGAAAAUGAAACUAUAAAUUAUGUAGCUUUGAAGGGGAAAAAGGCAGCUGAUAGCUUUGACUGUAAGAUCUAUAAACCUAUUGAUGCCAUUAUAAAAGGCAAAGCUGUAUAGUGAGUUUUUCUAGUGCAUGCAAUGUGUAAUUUUUAGUUGUGGAGCUCAACCAACAUGAUAAUUUUUUUUUUCUUUUAGCUGUAGAGAAAGAGAAAUUAUGAUUUUAACUCCACAAGGAACACUUUUUCUGUCUUGAAAGUAAAGAGGGUUGUUAUCAAUGGCUGUCCCGUGAAAAUGGCAUGGGAAACAUGUGGAUGAUAAUUGAUAACUGAUAAUAUAUGUGCUUCUUUUUCUUUUUC